AAACAGUGGACUACAUUUCCCGGAGUUCAGCGGGCGGCGCUUCCGGUCACACGUCCGGGUGUCGCUUGCAGGAUGCUGAGGCCGAAAGCUCUGACCCAGGUUCUGAGUCAGGCCAACACGGCGGGAGUGCAGAGUACCCUGCUGCUAAACAAUGAGGGCUCCCUCCUCGCCUACUCCGGUUACGGGGACACAGACGCACGGGUUACCGCCGCCAUCGCAAGUAACAUCUGGGCGGCGUACGCCAAGAACGGGCACCAGGCUUUCAAUGAGGACAAGCUCAAGUUCAUCCUGAUGGACUGCAUGGAAGGCAGGGUGGCCAUAACCCGGGUGGCCAACCUUCUGCUGUGUAUGUACGCCAAGGAGACGGUGGGCUUUGGCAUGCUGCAGGCCAAGGCCGAAGCCCUUGUCCAGUACCUGGAGGAGCCUCUCACCCAGGUGGCAGCAUCGUAGCAGAAAGCUUUGAAGUGACACUCCAGGGAGGGAGGGAAUCAGGGCCUUGGGGCAGGGGAUUUAAUUAAAAAAAAUGUCUGUGAGAAGGGUUUGAGACAAGACCCACUGCACUUUGUGAAAACUGCUGGAAACUUGUUUGUUUGAGCUUGCCGUUUGCAGAACAAUAAACGUGGAAAAGAUGGGACAGGGAUAGACUUUUCUGUGG